AUGAGGAUGAAGGAGGUGAGCUCUGUGUCUCGGAUGAGGCUCCUGACGUCCCGGGGCGUGGACUCCACGGAGGAGCCCAAGGCCGAGAGGGAUCCCGGGGUGUGGCCAGGAGGCCUAGUGACUCCCAGCGCCGGGCACAAGCUCUCCAACCCCCAAGGUGCUCUGUCGCUGGAAGCAGACAGGCAUCCAGCAGUGCGAAGGGAGGAGAAUGGCGGCCGGGACUUCUGGUGCCCAGAAAUAGACAUUCUCCCAGAUAACUCUCGGACUUCCCAGGUGGUUCUAGUGAUAAAGAACCCGCCUGCAAAUGCAGGAGACAUGAGAGGUGUGAGCUUGAUCCCUGAGUCGGGAAGAUCCUCUGGAGGAGGACAUGGUAACCCACACCAGUAUUCUUGCCUGGAGAAUCCCAUGGACAGAGGAGCCUGGAGGUUCCAGUCCAUGGGGUUGCAAAGAGUCGGACAUGACUGA